UACACGCCACCAAGCAUACAGAAAGAAAGCUUAUUGCUAUUAAAAGAGCAAUACAUUAAUCAUACAAACUGCAUGUGCAACGGGAUAUCAGCAUCGGUUGACCGUUUUAGAGCAAUAUUGGUUAGUUUCUGUUUUAAGUGGUUCUAACAGCGCCAGUAUAGCCUAACUGCCAUGCAGAAAAUAAUCAUUCCUCGCUUCACAAGACAACUCGGACACUACACAAUGUUGGUGGCGAAGUUAUUCAAGAAAUGAAUCCUGCAAAUACAACUAGGACUGAAAGGAAUACAGAAGAAUAUAUAUUCGCGUUUAGCACUUAUAAACUCCUUGCCUUUGCCAUCGGAAUAAUUGGAGUUUUGGGAUUUUGUAACAAUAUUAUUGUCAUCUUGCUGUACCACAAAUUCAAGAGACUCCGGACGCCCACGAAUUUGUUAAUAGUUAAUAUAAGUGUAAGUGAUUUGCUAGUGUCUCUCGUUGGAAUUAACUUUACAUUUGUUUCGUGCAUCAAAGGAGGGUGGAUCUGGAACUCCGCAACAUGCGUCUGGGACGGUUUCAGCAACAGUUUAUUUGGCAUUGUUUCCAUCAUGAGUCUCUCAGCUUUGGCUUACGAGCGCUACAUACGGGUGGUCCAUGCUCAAGUUGUGGACAUCCCCUGGGCCUGGAGGUGCAUUGUCCAUAUCUGGCUCUAUUCCCUGGCCUGGACCGGGGCUCCUCUCCUGGGGUGGAACCGCUACACAUUAGAGAUCCACCGGCUUGGCUGCUCCCUGGACUGGACAUCCCAGGAGCCCACGGAUGCCUCUUUCAUUCUCUUGUUUUUUCUGGGUUGCUUCUUUGUCCCAGUGGGUAUAAUGAUUUACUCUUAUGGGAACAUUCUCUACACGGUGCGCAUGCUCCGCUCCAUCCAGGACCUACAGACAGUGCAGAUUGUUAAGAUCCUGCGCUAUGAGAAGAAGGUAGCGGUCAUGUUCCUACUGAUGAUCUGUUGUUUCCUGGUUUGCUGGACACCUUACGCCGUCGUGUCCAUGAUUGAAGCCUUUGGCAGGAAGAGAGUGGUCACACCUGCCAUCGCAAUUAUCCCCUCCUUCUUUGCCAAAUCCAGCACUGCCUAUAAUCCUCUCAUCUACAUCUUCAUGAGCAGAAAGUUUCGGCGCUGCUUUCUGCAGCUACUCUGCUCCCGGCUCUCUUGGAUUCAGAACAGAAUUAAGGAUCGGCCUCUCGCCCACAACGUUGAACGACCGAUCCGCCCGAUCGUCAUGUCCCACCAAGGGGGCAUGGACCGACCAAAGAAGAAGGUGACCUUCAGCUCUUCCUCCAUCGUUUUCAUCAUCGCCCGCAAUGACGUGCCCUACCUGGACAACAACUCCAAGAGUGGCACUAUUUCGUCGGAGGGCAUUCGGGUGCAACCGCUCUGAUAGAGCAUUAUGGGUACUGAUGUACACUAUGCGACGCCCAGGUCACAACGGUAAACUUACUGUAGAGAAGAAAAGAGGCUUAGUAGCCAAAGUGUGGUUUUAGAAUGGCUGACCACCUUGAAGGCAUCUGCCAUUUUGAAUUGAUCCACCUGGUGGAACUUCCUACUUCAUUGCUCCUGGUAACACAAUCAGCUCGAGUGGAAGUGUUUGGCUGAUAAUUCUUGGUGUUUUUUGGCAACUCAAAACGGCUCAUCAAGAAAGAUGGAAAUGGAAGUCCAAUCCAGUUAAUUAGAGGUCUUUUAUAGCAUGCUCUGACAGACUCUAUACUGAGAUUUUUUGUAUGCUUUCUAUUUCCUUCUCUAUGGAACUGACAUCACCGGUUCUUAAAUAUACUGUACAUCAGGAUUUCCUCAGUUUAAAAACCAAACGAGGGAGGAUCAAGACACCCUUGUGACCAAAGACUACAGGCUCUUUUUAGCCUCAUUAGGAUCCUUCACUGCAAACAGUAGCAACAUAUUCCCAGCCUUCCAACACUCUGCCUCACAAGGAACAAACCUUUCCUUGUCAAUCCAUCCUACCAUCAAUCCAUCUUCUGUGGUAACCAAAUUAGUUAGCUUUGAGUUUGUAAACAACUUAGCUUUCACACAUUUGUUUUAAUGCACCCAUGUAAACAUGUUUGCCAGGGUUUGAUACAAACUAUAUUUACACCAUAGCAAUGUUUACGUGGUAUUUUUAUUUAUUUUCUGUAUAUUCAUCCUGUCAACAUACAGUUCUCUCACUGAAAAGUGAAAGCAUGUACCUGUCAAUAGGGGUCGUCAUCUUAGCAGUGGGUUUUUAUACAGUACCCGAAAACAUCCUUUGGGUUCAUUUCACCAUUGGAAAAAGAGACAAUUUGUAAAUACUGCAAUGAGCUUUUGAUCAAUUUUAGCCAAUAGUCUCACUCUGAGCUCAGUGUUCUUGAACAGGAGUAUGUCCUGUGUCCUCCCCGACGACAGCAGUGUUUGGGAAAAGAGAAUAAGAAAUAUUAUAUUUUGUUUAUCAUUACUAUUUCCCUUGUUGGUAGCUUAACAAUGCUGAAUGAAUGUGUUGGUAAAUAGUAGGCCAAUAGGUUCAAGCAUAUGGGCAAAUGUCUGAAAAUAAUAAAUCUACACAACAUGCCUUCAUGGUCAAACUAAAUAAAGCUUAUUUUAAGUAUGGCAGAUAUAUAUAAAAAAAAUAGCAUAUUCAGUAUUUAAUUUCAAUUAAUUAGAGUAAAAUCUGAAUGUAAAUAAAGAGGGAAGAGGUUGGAGUUCAGAUCAGAUUGGUCCCUCACAUUGCAGUAAUGAGAAACUCCUGCGGUUUCACACUGUGGACGUAGCUCCUUUCAUAAGUCUUGUGGGUCUUCCGCUAAAAAUAGCUGAUGAGAUUAUUAUAUUAUUCAGCUCAAUGUCAGGCACAAUGUCAAACAGCUGCAGGCAACUGAGACUGCUGUGAUAACAAGCCAAUCAGCCGACAGUAGUUAGCACCUACCCCAUUACGUGUGAGCUUUACAGUAGGCUACAUUUUUGUUUGUUUGGGUGUGAUGUGUUGUCGACCUCAUAUGGAGCGAUAUGUGCGAACAGAAAUGUA